ACAAACGGACGGUAACCAAUCAGGAGUGGCCACAGCGCGUUUUGAAACAACCCUCCCCCUCACAAAAGUCCCGUAUGACAUCCAGCAGAAAGACACAAGUCUAGAUUAAGCAGUCCCACAAGUUUCUUCUUAGACAAGACACUUUGCAUUAUUUUCUUUUAUCUGCUGAUAAAUUGUAUCAGGAACACUCAUAUUUUGACGACUAGCUAGUCGUCGUUAUUAGCUAAACACGAGACUACCACUAGGGAAACAGCAAAAAUGGAUGUGGGCGAUUCUCAACAAAAGACGAUUACUAUUUUUAUAAAAACGCCUAACCAAGCUCUGGAGGACCAAACCGUCGAACACGUCUAUCUGAAUUGGACUAUAAAGGACCUAAAAACGCAUUUGUCGACUGUUUUGACAACUAAACCGGCUGUGAGUGACCAGAGACUCAUCUAUGCUGGUAAACUGCUGCCCGAUCAUCUGCACAUCAAAGAACUCUUCAGACAAACUGACUCUAUUCCUACACUGCACCUGGUGUGUGCUUUUAGGAUUCCAUCCCAAGAACCCCUUGGAGCUAGACCUAAGACAAGAGAGACCGCACAGCCACAGCCCUCCAGUCCGAGGACCGUGACAGCCUCUACUUCACCUAGUCCCGGCAGCCCCUGCUUCACAGCCCAGAGUUCCAGCACGCCGAAGCUGAGACAGAGAAGGCAGACCUCUUCACCUGCUUCUGCUGCUCCGGCUCACACGCAGACCCCUGCCUCUCCACCAGGAACUCCUUCAUGGUCUGCUGCUGCAAUGCCUGGGGCACCACAGAUGACCCAACCAGCCUUUCCCACCUACUCUCUGUACAGCCCUCAACAGCUACUAUGGUUCCAGCAUGUCUACGCGAGACAGUAUUACAUGCAAUACCACGCAGCUAUGGCUGCAGCAGGCACUGUCCCCUCAGCACCAGUUACAACCAUUGGCCAGUAUCCUCCUGUUCUCGCCCAACAAGCACCUGUCCCAAACCCCUUGGCCAAUCAGAACCCCAUUGACAACCUGCCAGUGAAUCAGAACCAGGGUGGGGCUUUCAUCAAUCCUGGGGAGGCCAACCAGAACAUGAGGAUGAACGCACAGGGCGGACCUGUAAUGGAGGACGAGGAGAAUAUGGAGCGUGAUUGGCUGGACUGGUUGUACUCUGCUGCCAGAUUCGGCAUUUUGGCUGUAAUUGUGUACUUCAACUCCAACCUGAGUCGCUUUCUCUUGGUGAUGGGCACCCUCCUCCUCAUGUACCUACACACUGUCGGUUGGUUUCCUUUCAGAAGGCGAGUGCAGGUCCAAGGUCCCAACCAUCUCCCACCCCCUGAGGUCCAGCAGCACGAGAACAGGAACCCAAAUCCAGUAGACGAGCUUGCUGACGGUCAAAGGGAGGAACCUGCAGCUGCACUGGACGGAGUGGAUGGAGAAGGACCAAUGAUGGCAGUUUUAGUGCCUCCUCACAGGGUGUCAUUCAUGUGGACGGCCUGGGUUUUCUUCAAAACCUUCUUCUCCUCCCUCAUACCUGAGGUACCUCAGGGUAUGGCCAACUGACCACCAAGGACAGACGAUUGAUAGGGACAGCAGAGUGUUUUAUUUUAUAUUUACAGUAGGGAACAAUAUUAUCUGGAGCUGUCAACUCAAGAAAAAAUAAAAGCAAGGGAAUUGUACGUGUGCAUAUCAACAAUGACUGGAAUUUCCCUAUUGCAACAGGAGACUAGCUUGAGCUAAGUUAAAACACCAGCAACAUAAAGCAAUGCCAGCCCCUUGAAUUUCCAAAACUGUGGACUGGAGACUUAGGUUGCAAAGGACGAAU